AUGAAGAUCUGGAGCUCGGAGCACGAGUUUGGGUAAGGCGAGGACGGGAGUGGCGCGCGUUCCGUCCUUGACAGCAGCAGCAGCCCGCGCUGGCGGAGGGACAGAAAAACCACUGGUUCUUCCGAGCUCAGUGUUGCCUACACUGGCUGGCAGCGGCUCUCCAGGGGUCUCUCCCCGUCCCAUCGGGAGAUGCUGGGGGUUGAGCCUGUGCAAAGGAGAUGCUUUGGCAGUGAGCUACAGCCCUUCUCUAGCUGAGCUAUGGAGCUUCCUUUGGAAGGGAAAACGAAUAAAACUCCUCUUCCCUUCUCCGUUUCCGCUUGGUAUACAACUCGUGCUUUUUGGUCACCGGGAGAGGACAUCGGUAGCAUCCUGCCCCGGCGCUUGCUCCCUCACCAAGGGCUUUAAACAUGGUCUGUCGUGGGUUUGCGCUUGCUCCCAAAUGCCUGCCUUAUGAAAGACCUUUAAAAAUGUUGUCUUAGCUGCCCUUUAAGGUCUCUUAAGUGUUGUUGUGUGACUCACAUCUUCCUUGACCGUGGGUUGAGGACUGUGGGGUUGAUGCAGUUUGAAACAAAUGGUGGACUCCAGGUUGGGGACAGCUGGCCCCUGCGCUCUGUCUGUUGCUGUCUUUUUAUUAGAAAGGGAAGCAGUAAGUGUUUCUCCAUACACUGAGCUGCCCUGCAAAUGCCUGUGAUAUCUGGGGCAAAGGUGACAACUUCCUUUCUUCAAGGUCGUGUCAUGGUAAUACGCCUUUGCUGCAUAAACUGCUGAGUAGAACUGGUUUCUAAAAAUACCUCAGUGUAACUAAAGUAUGUUGCUAUUGCCAUGAAUGUUGCGGACAGAAACUUGGUAGGCCUUUGCCACUCUCGACUCCUUCAAGGGUUAGAACUGCUGCCCAGAAGAUGUUACUCUUGAGCCUUCAGUUCUGCUUUCCAUCAUUUUAAUGGGGCUUGGAAUAUUUUUGAGUGUGAGAGGCCCUCAGACUUUUUGGCUGGUCAUGGUUACCAAAGCUAAGCUGGUGAUUGCCAGGACUCCUUGCCUCCCUUUCAGUAUAUUAGGAUUGGGCUGCUGGUCCCUGACCUUCCCCUGCAUCCGUGCGCAAGGGCAUCAGCAAUCCCCUGUGUGGUUACAGUCCCUAUUACACUGCUUACAGUAAUAACAGUAAUUGCAGUGGUUACAGUGCUGAAGUUCAGAAGACCUCAUCUGUGUGGACAAUCUGUUCUCUGAUCACUUGGGACAUUAAUGCUGCCAGUGGUUCAAAUAGCGAUCUUCACUCUCCUACUCUGGAGCUAGAGAGAAUGGCUGGGUUUUCUUUGGUUGUUUUUUUUAAGGUGGCUGAAGAGACCUGAGCACCAAAAUGGGAAGCCCCAAUCUUUCUUUUCAGCUUGGAGCUGAGAUGAGGGUAUGGGAUCUUCCUCUUUGAUUUAUUAUGCCCUCUGAAACUCAGUUGACCUCUGGUUAAUGAUCUCUGACUCCUCAUCUAGAAGCUGGAGCAGAAGGAUGGGACUUUUCUUGUCACUCUUUCCAGGAAUGAUGGAAUACUAGUGGGGUGCAUAAUUGUGGACCGCUGUGAACUGUACCUAUUUGUUCUUCUAAGAAAUUGAGCUGUAAGACAUGAGGGACAUGGAGGCAGUGGUGCAAUUGUUCUGUCUAGCAAUUUAAGAGGGAAUUUUCUUUAGUAUUCCAGGAAAGGGUGGUUGAAAAUGGGAGGAGAGGUUGCCACAUCUUGCCUCUGUACAGAUGUGUAGGAAAUAACAUCAUGACAGUGGCUUCCUGGAAUUUUGCAAUAAAACAAGCUGAGACACUACCUGUAAUAGCUUGUAAUUAAAUGGGUGGAAAGUAGGUUAUGAUGUGUUCAGUGGGUUCUGUUUUUUGCAUUGCCAUAAAAAAGGCAUAUUCUUCUUCCAAAGAAAGAGGGGUUGAGACCCUAUGGCAUGAGUAUACUGAAUUAGCAGUAUGGCUUUGAAGGGCUCCUGAGACUAUCUAGCAGUUAAGUGCAAUACCAGAUCACUGAUGAUGUUGUUGGCAUAAGCUACUUGCAAAUAGCCAAAGUGCCAUAAAACACUUUCCCAGUAAUGAAGGAAAUGCUUAAAUUGCAACACCACACUCUUUUUAAAAAAAACUAAUGUAAAAGUAUGUUUCUCAAAAGUGUGAGAUAGCAGUGGAGCUAGGCAGGCUGAUACUGAAUAAGUGUGAUAAUCUCUGAAUUUAAGCAUGACUUUCUCUCUCCCUCAGUCCUUAUCUUUGUGAACAAGGACAGCCCAAUGUUAACUUCCUUUACUUAGUCACUGGGUUUCAUAAGUUCUUAUUAGCUUACUGAAAAUAUUUCACCACUGAGUUAAUGUUACUUAAGCAAUGAAUGUUUUCUGGAAAUGAAAGAUAUAUGCUACAUAGGAACAUAGAAUGUAGAAAGCUGGUUUAUACCAAGCUAGACCAUUUGUCCAUCUAGCUCAGCUUUUUCAACACUGAAUGGAAGUGUUUCUCCAGCAUUUCAGAUGGGAGUCUUUCCCCGUGCUUCUUGAACCUUGGAGCAUUUUCAUGCAAAGCGUGUUCUAUAACGUUAACCUAUAAUUCUUCCUCUUAUUUUGUUAUUGUGCAUAAUACUUCUACCACGGCUCUAAGCAUGCUUGAGUGUGUCCUAUUGAAAUCAGUGGGACCCAGUUCUGAGUAAGCAUGGCUAGGAUCCAGCUGUAAGAAUUGAUUUCCUAUUGCUGUGUCAAAUGCUUCUUCUCCAGAGGAGAACUUGUGCUAAAUAAGUGCUGAAAAUUGAAAGUGGUGUUUCUUGCCUUUAAUAUCUGUCACUCUGCUGUGCCUAGAAAGAGCUGCCAUCUAAACUAGAAGUAGUCAACGUUGUGCCCUCCAGAUAUUGUUGGACUGUCACUCCCACCUUCCCUGACCAUUGGCCAAAAUGGUUGGGACUGGUGGGGGUUUCAGGACAGCAGCCUUUGAAGAGGGCUAGAUCGGCAAAUCUCUGAUCUGACCAAAGUUUAUAUAGCACUAUAUUCUGAAACUUACUAAUUGUGCUGGUCAUUUGGGGGUGUCACUUAAACUGUAGAUGCUUGACAGGUUUGUGAACUGUCCUGAGAUCUUUGCCUGAAGAGUGGUAUAUAAAUUUAAUAAAUUAUUAUUAUUAUUAUUAUGGUUCAAAGGUCUUGCUCUCCAGACGUCGGCACUGGAGGAUUUCCCAACUCUUUGGAGUAGAUUUUAAGGAUGGAGAUUUGCUGCAGGGGGACAAAGGGGAAGUCUCAUUUUUCAAGCAGAAAUCUGUUCUGCUCUUGCAAUUUCAGUAUUGGAUACCACCUUAUACGUAUAGUACCCUUAUGCCAAUGUGCUUACAGUAGUUAACAGCCUAAUAGACCAAAUAUGAAGCAAGUGACAGGGGAGGAAGAGAAAAAUAAGCAAAUUCAGGUACCAACUCUUACAUUAUAUUAAAUACUGUGUUUUGGAAUGUAUGCUUUGUAUACCAUAAAUGCAAACCAAAAUGUUCAGUUUUAAUUAAAUUGCAUUUCAUACAGAGAAUUCUUAAUGCAUUGCCUGUUUCUCUUUCAUUUCAUUUUCCCUAGGCAUCCAUGGGAUACUGUAAUAAAAGCUGCCAUGAGAAAAUAUCCCAAUCCUAUGAACCCCUCAGUGGUAGGAGUUGAUGUCUUGGACCGAAGCCUUGACAAUCAAGGAAGGUUGCACAGUCACCGGCUACUUAGCACUGAAUGGGGCCUACCAAGUAUUGUAAAAGCGGUAAGUUUGUUUUAACCAUGGUGGCUAGUGGUAGGCUGAAUCUUUUUAUGAAAUAAAAACAUGUGUUCUAUUCUUGACUGCAUUGCACAUAAUGACUCUCAUAGUAAAUGCUUAGGCUAAAUUUCCUCAAGAGUUGCAACACACCUAGAGAACCUGGUUCAAUGAGACUCUUUGUUUGGACAGGGGCUAUCACUGCAUGCUUUACAGAAAUGCAUUUAUCACCAACCUUUUUGAUAUUUUGCUUGAUGGCUUGUUUUGGGUUACUGUGUUAGUAUUUGCUUUUAUUUCCUUUUUUUAAAAGAUUCUGGGAACAAGUAGAACUAUGACAUACAUUAAAGAACAUUCUGUAGUUGAUCCGGUGGAAAAGAAAAUGGUACUGAGCUCCACAAAUGUGAGUAAUAAAGUAUUCUGUAUUGUAUUUGCUGGCAGGACCAGGGAGUUGCUGGCUAUGUUUUUUUACAUACUGCCUGUUUGAGGCAGUCCUUGCUUAUGUUGGGAAAACGUUGCUGUAAGGGCAUAGCAGGAACCAAGGCUAGCAUUCUCUGUGUAUGCUAGAUAACUUUAGAUUAUUAUUUUUUAAAGAAACUGGGAUUGCUAGCUUUACUUUCUCUGAUGAAAUUAUUUCUAGAGGAUCCGAAAGUUCUUUAUGGGCAGAAUCCAACUUUGCACAAGUGGACUUCCAUUCAUGCAGUGGGACUUCACCAUCUCCUCCUUUUCCUCGCUCUGUGCAGUCCCAAAGUCUGCUCCAUUGGGCCCCCAACUCUCUGGAGCAAAAUUUGAGGGUGGGAGGGCUGCUGGGGGGAGAGCAGGGAAAGGCGAGUCCUUCCCACACACAGGCAGCUUUGGGUAUAAAUGUGUGUAAUUUGGCUGGCUCUCUGCUAUUUGAGGCUUGUAGUACAAGGUCAGGGAAUUGAAGCAGGCCAGCAGGCCAAAUCCAUAUCUCCCGUACUCCCCAUAGGUCAAUUCUGGCAGCUGGGUGGGGCUGCCCACCAGUUAGUCACCUAGCACCAUCCUCAUCGUUAUAUCAUCAGGUGAGGGCUUCAAAGGAGUUCCCUCUCAGCACUGAUCAAGUGAUGGGUGCUGAGAGAUCCCCUUUGAAGUCUGGUUGCAGCUGUGGUAUGGAUUCAGGCAUGCUUUGUAUCCAAACCACAGCUGCAACCAAACUUCAAAACAGCUUUCUCUCAAUGUCCCUCAGCUUAUGAGUGUGGAGAUUGGAACUUCAAGGAGUCUUGCUCUCUUUGUCCAUCAGCUGAUUGGGGCUGACAGUGAGCUAUACGCAACUGCACAUCGAGUUCACUGGUGUGGUGCUCCCUAGGGUAGCCAAUGCCAGGCACAUAUUUAUCUGUCCCAAACCUGGCAUCACACAUGUGGGGGAGUGGGUAUGGUUUGUGACCUAACUAGGCCUAUGGGCCUGAAAUUCCUUACUCCUGCUUUAAAAUGUGACUUUAAUUCCUAGAAAGUUUGCUUAGGAUCCAGCCUUAGUUGUUUUUAAAAAUGCAGUCUAUCAUUUUCUUUAAGUAAAGUAGACAAUCUUUUUUAUUAUGUAUUAUGCUAGAUAAUACUAAGAUUAGUUAAACUAAUCUUUGCUUCUUUUUCCCUUUAAGAUAACACUUACAAAUCUUAUAUCAGUUGAUGAAAGGUUGGUAUAUACGCCACACCCUGAGAACCCGGAAAAGUAAGUUGGAAUGUCUUUGACUUUCAGUAAAAAAAUAUGAUGAGGGGGAAGCCAUUUUGUACUGAUAGUUUCUGUCUUUCCCCUUACAGGACUUUGUUAACGCAAGAAGCAAUUAUUACAGUAAAAGGUGUUAGCCUCAGUAGUUACUUGGAAACUUUAAUGGCAAGCACAAUAUCUUCUAAUGCUAGAAAGGUAGGUGUGUGGCAUACUUUUACUGGGUCACAGUUGCUAACUUUCAGGUGGUUCAUUUAAAACCUAAAACUCAAAUGUUUAAGUGCAUUAUGCUAGCAUUGGUAUCCCAUAAGCCCAGGGUGCUUUCAAUUAUACACAAUUCACUGUAAGUCUUCAGGUCAGAUAAUGACUUUUCUUGUACUUGUGAUGGUCUGUAGAGCCAGUUGUGUAUUCUCAGUCCACAUGUAUUUCCUUUUAAGAUUCAAAACCAUGUAAGGUAUGAAGUCAGGAAAAGUGAUUGUUGGCUCUCACUGAGACAACAGCAGCUUACAGCUAGAAUGGGUGUAGGGGAGAUAGUGUCUGGUUGUGUGAUCAGAUUAGUCUGUCUUUCAGCUUGCAGUUCACAGAAUACCUUCUCAGUUUAGCUAUUGGAUUCCGCAGUGGGUUGCUUGAGACAAAUAGGUUUAUAUGGAAAGCAGGCAAAUCGUUUCCUUACUCUUUUCAGUGCUGAAAGCAGAGGGGAGAACUAAGGAGAUGUCAUAUCUGAACUUUCCCUCAUAACCCAGACACUUAUUAUGUACAGAUGUCUCUUGUUUUCUACUGUGUACGAAAUGGUGGGUAUGAGCACGUGUUCUAGUUGUCCUAUUUGUAGUGUUGGAAAGGGAACUUAUUCCACUUCUGAUGGGCAAUAAACCAAAUGCAUAUAUAGGCUGUUAGUAGCAGAAUAGGGGAUAAAUGAAAAGGAACUGUUCCCCUAAAUGCUAUGGGUGAAGAAGUUCUGCUAGAACACAGACUUCUGGCUGUGCAGUGGAACUUUCCAUUCCUUUCCCUGUGGGCCCUCAAAUCAAUCAAUCAAUCAAUCAAUCAAUCAAUCAAAUUUGUAUACUGUUCUUCAUGCAUAGAUCUCAGGGCGGUUCACAGCAUUAACCUGUUCUGGGAAUUCCCUCAACCCUCCAGAGUAUAUUUCAUAUGCAAGCACUCCAUGCAUUAAAAGAUACAGGAAGCUGAACUCCUGACCUCUUUAUCUGGCCCUCACCUCCCUCCUUGCCUUUCCUGCAGCUAGAAAACAACUAUCCUGUUGGAGUAAAGAUUAUUUCCCCCCUUGCCUAGAUGCAGCUGGGAUGGGGAUGGUCAACCCUGCCUCCAAAUAUGUUGUUUCAUCACCAUGCUCCAAAGCACCUUCCCCGUGCUGCGGUUAGGUUUGUAAAAAGGUUCCUAGUGACUCCGACCUAAUCGUGGCAGGCGGGGGGAGUGUUGUGUGUGGUGUGAGAGAGAGCAUGGCAUGGCCAUGCCCACUGCAGACACAGGGCCCUCAGAAAUGGGCUACGAGAGAACGUGACAGGCCCAUCCCUGUUCUCAGCCUGAAACAAUUCAGCAUGCUACACAAUAAACCCUUUAUUAAGUUCCGUGGGACUUCCGUGGGUACAUUGGGAUUUGACUAUAAAACAGCAAAUGAAUAACUCAGCCUUAUAAAGAGUAUUAUUAAGGGGGAAAUGAGCAUUUCAAGUAUUGUAAUCCUAAACAAAUAUUUCUGUUCUCAGUCCUCCAUGACUUCUGCACUUGUAUAACAAUAGAUUACCAAUACAUUACAGGUCUCAUUCAGGUGCUUUACUGUUUCUUCUUCAUUCUCUUUUAAUGCUAUAUAAUGCAGCCUGUUUUAACUAAGUUUCCUUACAGGUGAUCCCUCUCGCUUUACCUUUUCAACUUAGGGCCACUUCACACUUGCGUACUACCAGAUUUCUAGGCAGAAGUUGUAGGAUCUGGUAGCACGUCAAGUGAUCCCAAGUCUAGGAUGAGAUGCAUCUGUCAGAAGCAUGCAUGCUCAGCUUGCUUUUACCUAACUUACUCUACUGGGAUGCCUAUUUGUGUGUCUUCAGAAUCCUGCUUUGGCACUCAGUUAAACCUUUACAUGAUAUAAUUGCUUGUUACCAAUAUUUGAUAAGCGUGGUGCUUAACUAAGUCAAAAUCAAGGUAGGCUUAGUCAUAACUGUUACAUCCAUUCACUUUCAGUAGGUUUACUUGGACUUAGUUGGAUAUCACUCUCAGUUUACAAUGCUUGAUUUUCCUGUAGGCUCUUGAGAUUUACAAGACUGUGAUGGUGGAAUAACUUUUUGUCAUAAGUUGUACAUCUUUUCUGUGUUACUCCAGGGGUGGGAUGCUAUUGAGUGGACAAUUCAACAUUCUGACACUGUUCUAAGAUAGCAGUCUCUUUCUACAGCUGCAUUUUGUACUAAUUAGUGGUAAUACCGGCAUUUGUUACCUUGGUACAGCAUUUCAGCUUCUAGCAAAUCUGUGCAUGUUGUUGUCAUGUUACUUGAAAGCCUGCAUGCCUCGUAUAUAUACACACAUUGCAUAUAGAGGAACAGCACCCUUAUUCUUUAACUCUGGAAUUUGGGGGGCGUCUGUACUGUCUAAUGCUUUGACACAGGAAAAGGUUCUUAUGAACCUGCAUGUGUGGGCCACUAAUAAGGCCCACCUUCUGUUCUUUGGUAAAUCUCUUUUGAGUAAGUGGAAUACUGUUAAAAGAACUGCUGCACCUUGGCCCCAGAGUAUUUUGGAAGUAGGUGAAGCUCUGUACAACCAGUCCUCUUGAUCCAAUGCAUGGAAUGCUUUGGGGUGAAAUACUUGAGGUUGUUAACUAGUUCACACUACUGCUGGACUUAGCCUACAGUAUGGCAAUUCUUGCCUAUCAGUGUAGAAAUACAGUCCCAUCACUGCUUGGACAGAAGGGUUCUCAUUUAAAAGAAAGCAGUUUAUGAAGUCACAAUUAGAACAUUUGCACCUGUUUACUUGGUCCUUGUUGGUUUUUCCUUUGAGGCAGCUUAAAAUCUGUGCAAAAAGAACGCAAAAAGAAGAAACUGGUUUUCAAAAGUGCCAGCUAUUAAGCUUUAUUGUCGCUCAGCGCAUUUUGGAACUGUCAUUCCUCCCUCAUGGUGCCCUAUGGGCAGCAGAGCAUUUAUGUAAGUUGCUUCAGAAAGUCCAAGAUUGAUCCUGAAGAAGGAACUUCUGUUCUGAAACACAUUGUACUAUCAUAAACUCCAGCAGUUGGCACUUGUGAGAAUUGGGUUCUACUUUUUCUCUUCUUUGCAUUAUUUCUAGUGUCUGGGCCUCCCAUUGUUUAGUCGUGUCCGACUCUUCGUGACCCCAUGGACCAGAGCACGCCAGGCACUCCUGUCUUACUUUAUUUUAAUUAGGCAGGAAUCAUGCAAAACCUUUUGGCUGCAUUUGGCUGCAUAUUUUUGUUAUGAGCACAAGCCUCACUCUCUUCUCCCUGCAUUUUGUGAGGGGAGAUUAGAAGUGUUCACUUGCAGCUUUGCCCCAAGAUGGCCAACUGUGGUUUGCUUGUUUGCAAAACCGGGAUUGGAUCCUGGAUGUGGGGGAAGAUGAAUUGAACAUAUCAGUUUGUUUUCUCAUCCUGUUAUGGCAAACAACAAUUUGUUGCAGACUAGAAGUUGAAAUAGCUUCUCUUCCUCCACAUGUAAGUGGGGAACACGGGGAAAUAUAUGAACAACAAACCAUGAUUCGUUUUUUCACAUCUAAAAUCCAGGCUUUUAUCUAAACAUACACUAAUAUAUAAAUAGUUUUGCUAUAACAAAGCAGAUGUUUUUGUCUAAAUGCAUUGUUUUAAGAGGCAUUGCUAGCAUCUGUUUGACUUGCGGGGAACUUCAGUGACCACCUUUUUUCGUUCCUUGAGCUUGACUGCCAAGCUUGGAAACAGAUUAUUUGACUGUUGAUCCUGCCCUUAAAAGCCUCAAUUUUCAUUUGCAGAAUACAGUUACCAAACAUGCCUUAGUGUUGUGUAAUACUUAACUACUCCCAAUUUUGGAGUGUGUGUAUAUAUUACAAAAAAAAAGUAAACUCUCACUGUAUGUUUUCAGUUUUACCAUUAAGCCUGUGAAAUGUUUCAGAGUUUAAAAUUUUAUGCUCUCAAUCGUUUGUUAAGUAGUAACCACUGAAAUUAUGUCCAGUUCUUAACUCUCAUUCUGUAUGUUCAGUGUGCUACCACCAUGUACGUAAAUAUAUUAAAAGGUGCAUGCUUUAAUUGGAAAUAUGCUUGCUCAAGUCAUAUACUAAUAUGCUGUUUUAUGGUACAACAGAAACUCAGUAAACCAAUCCUCUGUCAGAUUGUUUUUGCUAGUUCCAUGCAUGUUAAAAAGAGCCCCGGUCUUUUUGGUCCAGCAUUUUGUUUUUAAAGGCUUGCCAGAUGUCUAUGGGAAGCAAAUAAGUAAGUCAUCAGCCCAAUAGACCACUCUAACUAAGGUCAUUUCAAACUCAGCAAAAUCGUUCAACAUGCUCAGUUACUAUAUAAACAAAUGACCAGUCUUCCCAAGGAAAGCUGGCCAGACUGGAUCAAACUUGACAUCUGCUCAAUUGUGUCACAUGCAGCUGUAUAUAUUGUUGUUCCUGAAAUAAUUACUGGCAUGGGGGAGUCUGAUGGGGACUUUUCCCAUUCAGAUCAUGGUGAGUGGGUGGAAAGAUAAGCCUCCUCUCCCUACUGGUUGCCUUCCCAGUGAGAAUAUGUCUCCCUGUGAAUGUAAUAUUUAAGAUGCAUACUACAUAUUAGGCAAAUGUCUAGUUUGGUCCUAAAAAACCCACAGAGUUCCACCCUCUCCUUUAAAGAAGCUGCAACCUAGUUCACCCCACCAAUGUGCUUAGAAUCUACUCAAACCAAGCUGCCAUUUCAUUUCUUAGAAUAUGUUAAGAUGUACGUGUGCUGUGCUUUAAGCCCCAACACUUGUAUUUAGUGUUAUAGCAUGGAGAUUUGUUGAUCAAAAGCACUUGGUGCAAUAAUUCCUGUUAGUUCCUAUCUCCCAUAGCAAUCCUGUGAAUUUCUUCAUUUGACAUGUCAUAUGUCUGUUAUUAGUGGGGCCCUUUUUUAUUCUUAUCUAAUGCUUUGAUUUUUAAAUCCAACUUGUGCAGUUUCUAAUGCUCAGAACUUCAUUCAGUUGAAGGAUUGGGUUAAAGGUGGUUAGUUCUGACCCGAGGCCAGGAAUGGAAAACACUUCAAACUGAAUGGUGUUUUCAAAAGUAACAAAUAAUUGAAGAAAUUCAAAUAAUUCUGGCCAAGUGCUUUGGGUCAUAUGCACACUACAGUCUUUUCUGCAGGAAAUCAUCCAGUAACAAUUACUAUAUAGUCCAGUAGCACCUUAGAGACCAACUAAGUUUGUUCUUGGUAUGAGCUUUCUUGUGCAUGCACAUGAAAGCUCAUACCAAGAACAAAUUUAGUUGGUCUCUAUGGUGCUACUGGACAAUUUUUUAAUUUUUUAUAUAUAUUUCUACUGUGUCAGACCAACAUGGCUACCUACCUGAAUCUAGAAUUACUAGAACUGUUUGGAGAAAAACAUGGUUGUGAUAUUCUUAGAAGCCCAGUAUAAGGUUACAGUGUAGAUAAGCCCAAAGGCUGUUUCUUCAAUCUAUUGGUUCAUUACACUUUUUAUUUCAAAACUAAGGGUGACUUCCAGUUAACUUGUUCCAUCAGCACAAGGAUUUUCACUUGCAGAAGGAAACUUCCCCCCUCUUCUUUCACUGUGCGUGCCCCAUGCCCUCCUCAAAUCUGCUUUAUAGGGUUGCGGGUACAGCAGAACAGAUUUAGGGGGGUGCCAGGGAAAGGAGAGGGGGUUAGUUCUGUUGUGCAUAUGGAAAUCUGCACACUGACAGAGCAAGCUAGUUGCUUUGUCACAGUUUAGAAACAACAACUGCAAAUAAUAUAUACAUCUCUCUCUCUUCCAGGAGUGUUGACCUGAGCUGUUAAGUUUACAGAUUUCAACUGAGCACAUUUGUAUCCAGAAAGAUUAUGUAACUGUCAUUUAAUCCAGUAGUGUUCUGUUUCAAUUAAAACAAGCAGCUAUAAAAAAAAAUAAGUUGGUAGUUAAAGCAGUCAUGGUGUAGUACAGGCUUAAAACUAACAGCAAUUUGGCUCGAAAUGUUAAGCUUUAAGCUAUUUAGUAUUCUGUACAAAUACCGUGUUCAGGCUUUUCAUAAUGCAGAUGUGCGCACAGUUUCACUGUAUAUUUAUGUUUCAAAGAAAUUAGCUAUAGUCCAGGUAAUAAGAGGAGAGGCGGUUCUUGAGCAAAGGUAUCUUUUGAUCACAUGCUAAGUGGCCUUAUGCAUCUGCACAAGUGAUUAGGCUCCUAGCCUGAAUACUUACGGAGGCUCUCACUUUUUUGCUGAGUUUCUCUACUUGAGCUUACUGAGGUUUUCUCCUCAGUUCCACUAGCGCAAGCACUUUUAACUAUGCAUGAGAACUUACCCUACCUGCACACCCUCUAAAUCUGCCCUGAAGGGUUGAGGGCAAACUAAAAAAAUAUUUAGAGGGUGCGCAGGUUGAAGCAGUUCCGUUGUGCAGCCAAGAGUGCUUGCACUGGUGCAACUGUUAAGUUGAAUACUGCCCAGCAUGUGUUUCAAGUUCUUCUUAUUUAGGUUUGCCAUCUGUAGCUGGUCUUUAGGCCCAGUUAAACUGAAUUCUUGCAAAAGCGGCGCUCUUGCUUUCUAAGUUGCUCUGAACUGAGCAUCAGUGAUGGUAAUUUAGUGUUUCAUGAUAGAGAGUAAACAGGAUGGGAAAGAAACCAUAAACUAUAGGUUCAUUAAUAACGUUCAUUAGGACUUGUAACAACUUUUCCACUGCUAGGAUGAAGCGGAAGAAAUUGAAGGGGGGAAAUAUUAUUGAUGGGAGAAGGGCUAGUAUUAGGCCUCAUGUCUGUUCUGUUGCAAUCUUACCAUGGUAAUGGAGGAAGCCACAGAAAUGUAAUAGAAAAAAUUUCAGGUUGUUCAGAGGCAUGCUAGGGAUAAGAAGCAAAUGAUGCUUUGCACUUUGAAAAAAGUGGGUAGUCAAAACUCUCUCUAGCACUGAUCCAAGUGCAACAGUCUCUUGUAAUUGUGCCUUGCUAGACAGAUCUAACAUUUGUACUCUGCAAAAGAGCUAGCUUGUAGUCUUGUAACUUUGUUGGCCUAUUAUUACUAAGAAAAAUGUAUUGUCUAAGCAGAUCACCCUUCAAUUUACGGUUUUCCUUGUUACAGAAGCAAAGGCGGACUAGAAUGAAAUAAUAUCAUCGUACAAAUUCAAUGGCACAAUUCAUUAUGAUACAUUCAUAAUUCAGAAGACAACAAAGCAGUUUGCUUUGGGAGAUCUUUUGGUGUCUGACAGAGGAAAGAUUUAGAAGUUUAACAUCAGUGUAUCUGGUCAACCCACUUAGCUCUUGUUCCUUCUUUAACAGGGUCGAGAAGCCUUAGAGUGGGUGAUUGGCGAACUAACUUCGACGCGAGAGAGCAUGAAGUCCGCAAUGGCAGCAGCUUCAGCGGAGGACUGA